UGGCGUUUCUGCGGGAGUCUUACGGUUCGGAAAUUCGGCCCCUUGGUCUUGUCAGGAAGCUGGAAGUAAGGUCAUAAGCAUGAAGCGCAGUUCAGUUUCCACUGGUGGUGCUGGCCGCCUCUCUGUGCAAGAGUUAAGAUUGCAGGACCUCAAUAAACAAGGCCUCUAUACCCCUCAAAGCAAAGAGAAAUCAGCCUUUGGAAAGCUGAGUAUAAACAAACCCACAUCAUCUACAUCUGAAAGAAAAGUCUCUGUGUUUGGUAAAAGAACUAGUGGAACUGGAUCCCGGAACAGUCAGUUUGGCAUAUUUUCCAGUUCUGAAAAAAUCAAGGACCCAAGACCACUUAAUGACAAAGCAUUCAUUCAGCAGUGUAUUCGACAACUUUGUGAGUUUCUUACAGAAAAUGGUUAUGCUUAUAGUAUAUCCAUGAAAUCUCUACAAGCUCCAUCUGUUAAAGACUUCCUAAAGAUCUUCACUUUUCUAUAUGGCUUCCUGUGCCCUUCAUAUGAACUUCCUGAUACAAAGUUUGAAGAAGAGGUUCCAAGAAUCUUUAAGGAUCUUGGGUUUUUAUACACUGCCAUGAAAGAAAGCUCACCUUCAUUUGAUGAUGGACAGCCUUGGGGAGAAGAAACUGAAGAUGGAAUUAUGCAUAAUAAGUUAUUUUUGGACUACACCAUAAAAUGCUAUGAGAGUUUUAUGACUGGUGCAGACAGCUUUGAAGAGAUGAACACAGAGCUGCAGUCAAGGCUUAAGGAUUUAUUUAAUGUAGAUGCUUCCAAGCUGGAAUCAUUAGCAGCAAAAAACAAAGCAUUGAAUGAGCAGAUUGCAAGAUUGGAGCGAGAGAGAGAAAAAGAACCGAAUCGUUUAGAGUCAUUGAGAAAGCUGAAAGCUUCCUUGCAAGCAGAUGUUCAAAAGUAUCAGGCAUACAUGAGCAAUCUGGAGUCUCAUUCAGCCAUUCUUGACCAGAAAUUGAAUGGUCUUGAUGAAGAUAUUGCUAGAAUAGAAGUAGAAUGUGAAACAGUAAAACAGGAGAAUACUCGGCUACAGAAUAUUGUGGAUAACCAGAAGUACUCAGUUGCAGACAUUGAGAGAAUAAAUCAUGAAAGAAAUGAAUUGCAGCAAACCAUUAAUAAAUUAACCAAGGACCUGCAGGCUGAACAACAGCAGUUGUGGAAUGAAGAGCUAAAAUAUGCCAGAGGCAAAGAGACGAUUGAAGCACAGUUAGCAGAAUAUCAUAAGUUGGCUAGAAAAUUAAAACUCAUCCCUAAGGGUGCUGAGAAUUCCAAAGGUUAUGACUUUGAAAUUAAGUUUAACCCUGAGGCUGGUGCCAACUGCCUUGUCAAAUACAAGGCUCAAGUUUAUGCACCACUCAAGGAACUCCUGAACCAAACUGAAGAAGAAAUUAAUAAAGUUCUAAAUAAAAAAAUGGGUUUAGAGGAUACCUUAGAACAAUUGAAUAUAAUGGUAACAGAAAGCAAGCGAAGUGUGAGAACUCUGAAAGAAGAAGUUCAAAAGCUGGAUGACCUUUAUCAACACAAAGUUAAGGAAGCUGAGGAAGAGGACAAAAAAUGUGCCAAUGAGCUUGAGUCCUUGGAGAAACACAAGCACCUACUGGAGAGUGGGGUUAAUGAAGGCCUCAGUGAAGCAAUGAAUGAAUUAGAUGCUAUUCAGCGGGAAUACCAGUUAGUUGCGCAGACCACAAGUGAAGAAAGACGAAAAGUGGGAAAUAACUUGCAGCGUCUUUUAGAAAUGGUUGCUACACAUGUAGGGUCUGUGGAGAAACAUCUUGAGGAGCAGCUUGCUAAAGUUGAUAGAGAGUAUGAAGAAUACAUGUCUGAAGAUCUCUUAGAAAAUAUCAGAGAGAUUACAGACAAGUAUAAGAAGAAAGCUGCUCUACUAAAGCCUUCUGAUGAAUGAAGAAAUGAUUAUCUAAGCAAGAGCUUUAUUAAACAGUGUAAAUUUUGAUAUGCUCUCUCUAAGCUUGAAAAUCUCUCUAAUAUAUCCUAUACCCCUCCUUACAAAGAAGUCUCAUGAUCAUAUCUCCCCAAGCCUAUGGAAUAUUUUUGUAUCUUUUAUAAAUCUAGUUCAUUAAUGUAAAAUAUGUAUAACUUGAAAAUGAUAGUAAACUGUUGCAUUGUUAACCUUUAUAUGUGAAAGACCAGUUACAUGUGUACUUAGAGUUAAUAAAAUUGAAUCAACAGUGUUUUUCCCUCAUUUUUCUUCA